GCGACCACCACACCCACACCCCCACCCACACCCACCCCCACACCCACACCCACCCACACCCACACCCACCCACACCCACACCCACACCCACACCCAGACCCACACCCACACCGACACCCUAACUUGGUGUCCAGGAUUCCUGAUCAUAAAACAAAUGAAACAGACGAAUUUCAAGUUGCUAAUCUGUUGUUAGUUCGGGAUGAUCAAUAUUUCAUUCAACAUUUACAUUGUAUUAACCGUGGUCAUGGUUUGAUGACUCCUGAAUUGAAGCUCAGAUUUUGGAAUCAAAACCCAAUCGAAAAUCAAAUUCAUUGUCGAUUUUUAAUAGGCAUAGGAGUGACAAUUUCUUCUAUACCAGAAGUUUUGAAUCCACUUCCUAUUGGUGGAACUGCUAUUGAUAUAGAAACAGGUGCUGGAAUAAGACGACAAAACUUAACUAAAAUUCAAAUCGUUAUUGAUGAACACAUAUACAAUAUUAUGGCGUGUAUUAAUCAAGGAAGUUUGUGCGUACUCGGGUUGGACAUCUUGAAAUAUUAUACACUUACUAUUGACUGCAAUAAAGCAGGUGUAUUAAUGAAAAAUAAUCUUAAACCAAAUCUUGAAGAAGAAUUUAACAUUUAA